AUGGAAGGGCAGAGCGGAACGAGCGGUGAAGCGCGGGUGCGGUACGGAGUGGUGGGGAGCGGCAUGAUGGGCGUGGAGCACAUCCACAACCUCGCCGCCAUGGCGGCCCGCCCCGACCUGACGGGCGGCGAGGCGGUGCAGCUCGUGGCGCUCGCCGACCCCCACCCGCCCUCGCAGGUCGCCGGGCUCGCCGCCGCUGCCCGCGCCGGCUGGACCGACGUGCAGCUGUUUCCCGACGUGCACAGCCUGCUGGCGAGCGGCGCAUGCGAGGUGGACGUGGUGGUGGUGGCGACGCCCAACAUGACGCACGCCGCGCUGCUGCAAGCCAUCCUGCGCCACCCGCGCCGCGUGCACGUGCUCGUGGAGAAGCCCCUCGCCACCUCCGUGCGCGGCUGCGACCUCGUGUUGGCGCUGGCAGCGGCGAGGGAGCGAGCAGCAGCGGGGGUGGUGCAGGUGGGGCUGGAGUACCGCUUCAUGCCGCCCGUCGCCGCGCUGCUAAAGGAAGUGCAGGGGGGCGCGGUGGGGCGAGUGCACAUGGUGGCCAUCAGGGAGCACCGCUUCCCCUUCCUCCACAAGGUGGGCGCGUGGAAUCGGUUCAGCAGCAACAGUGGCGGCACGCUGGUGGAGAAGUGCUGCCACUUCUUCGACCUCAUGAACCUCAUCCUCCAUGACACCCCCACACGCGUCAUGGCGUCGGGCGGGCAGAGCGUCAACCACCUCUCUGAGGAGUACGAUGGCAAGGUGUCAGACAUCUUAGACAACGCUUACGUGAUCGUGGAGUACCAGGGGGGCGGCAGGGCUUGUCUGGACCUCUGCAUGUUUGCCGAGGGGUCGCGCAAUGAACAGGAGAUAUGCGUUGUGGGGGACAAGGGCAAGGUGGAGGCGCUGGUCCCUGAAGGCAUCAUUCGGGUGGGCAUGCGUGACGGGGGCAGGCAGGGCGUGGUGACUCGCACAUGCAGCGAUGAGCGCAUUCA